AUGGACAUUAGAGAAUACUUUGCAAGGAUUGGCUAUAAUCAUUGCAAUGAGAAGCUGGACUUGGAGACAUUAACUGAAGUGAUGUGGCAUCAUAUUCAAGCUGUGCCCUUUGAAAACUUGGACAUUCACUGUGGAAUACCCAUAGAGCUGAAUUUAGAGGCCACAUAUAACAAAAUAGUGAGGAGGAAGAGAGGCGGGUGGUGUCUAGAAGGAAAUCACCUUCUCUUUUGGGUCUUGACCACAAUGGGGUAUGAGACCACAAUUUUAGGGGGAUAUGUUUACAAUCCCUUAAAAAGGCAGUAUAGCACUAUGACUCAUCUGCUCCUAAAAGUUACAAUAGGUGAGAAAGCCUAUAUAGUGGAUGGGGCAUUUGGCCGUUCUCACCAAAUAUGGCAGCCAAUGGAACUGGUUUCUGGAAAGGAUCAACCUCAGACCUCUUGCAUCUUUCGAUUAAAAGAAGAGAAUGGAAUCUGGUACUUGGAUCAAAUAAGACGGAAACAAUUCAUUCCAAACUCAGAAUUUCAUAACUCUGAUCUCUUAGAAAAAAAUGAAUUCCAUCAUCUCUACUCUUUUACUCUUCAGCCACGAACAACAGAAGAAUUUAUGUCUGCAAAUACCUUCCUUCAGAAUUCCCCCCAGUCUGUGUUUACAAGUAAGUCUUUCUGUUCUCUGCAGACAGUAGAUGGAGUUUACUGUUUAGUUGGCUGGAUUCUUACUCACAGAAGAUUCAAUUACAAGGAAAACAUGGAUUUGGUAGAGUUUAAGAUUCUGAAGGAUGAAGAUAUUGAGAAGAGCCUGAAGGACAUAUUCAAUAUUUCCCUUGACAAAAGGCUUGUCCCAAAGCAUGGUGACAAAUCUUUUACCAUUUAGUAAGAGAAAAUACAGUAGCACCUGGGGUGAUGAAAUAGGUGCACCAUGACAAUGAAAUUUUCAAAACAUGAUUUUAUUGAUAAAUUUUGUAUAUUUUGUUUUGAGGUAAAAAAAAAUGCUUUACAACAACAA